AUGGCCACCCUUUCCAUAUUCAGGGAUUCAACACUUUCCUCCCCGUUGGCUAUCGCAUCGAGUGCUCCUUUGACCCCAAAAAUUCCUUUUAUCACAGUCACCACCCCUACCAGUACAAUGCUCCAGUCCACCCGUCACGACCCUCGGCAUACUACCCCAACUGUUGUCCCACCUUCUGUCUUGGAUCCUGAACCCAACCCAAAUAUGUACGGUAUGAGUCUCGACUCUCGACGGCUCCUCUAUAGAGCCAACCGUCCAGAAGAUCCAACAAUGCUGCGACGACGCCACAUACCGCUUUCUAGAAAUUCUCAACAAGUACUAUUACGCCACCGACGCCGUCGUCAAACUGAAAUAGCUCGUCUUUUCAAGGAUGAUCCCGACUUGCACGCCGACUUUCAGAUUUUUAUGCCUGAGAAGAGCCAGGGUCUUUUUGACGAAGCCGAAAAAAACUAUCUUCCAGCCCCAACAGGACGUCGCAGUCGCUCAAAUACGCCAAUCGAUGGCAAGCCUCUUUGCCGUCGCACUGAUCCCCAUCCACCCCUUAAGGCUACUAUCCCUCAAAAAAGCAAACGCGAAGUGAACGAGUGGGACACCAUCUCCACAUCACCCAAAGCUCCUUCCAAAGCGACUACUUGA